UGAUGCUAGUUUACUCGAGUUAAUUAAAAUUCUUCAACUUGGCCCCGCUAAAAACACUAAAUUGUUGCUUGAAACCCCAUCUUCGUGCUCUAUUCUCCGCCCAUGUCGAAACCAAAGCGCAAACGCGAAACCCUGAAUCCUCGAUUUAGCGCGUUUCUCCUAAAAUCCAUUCAGUGACGCACGUCAGUUCCUCUUCAGUGUCUUUGUGGUGUUGCUCGAAGUGCAAGAAAUGGCGAGUGGCGUGGAAGUCAACGGAGUGAAUGGCUCCCCUCGAAAGAGGGCCCGUUUAGUCCCUCGCGGUGACCACGAAUCCAAAGUUAUCGUGAUUCUAGGGGCCCAAUGGGGUGACGAAGGCAAAGGGAAGGUUGUCGAUAUGUUGGCCGAAACUGUUGAUAUUGUUUGCCGGUGUCAGGGUGGAAAUAAUGCAGGUCAUACAGUGGUAAUUGAAGGGGUGGAAUACGACUUUCAUCUCUUACCCAGUGGAAUUAUACAUCCCAAAUGCCACUCGGUAAUUGGUAACGGCGUCGUCAUCCACUUACCUGGUCUUUUCGAAGAAGUGGAAAAGAAUGAAAAAAAAGGUCUCAAAGAUUGGGAAAGUCGAUUGAUCAUUUCCGAUCGUGCUCAUCUCGUUUUCGAUUUCCACCAACAAGUCGAUGGCCUUCAAGAACAAGAAAAUACCCAAAAGGGGCAAGGUUUGGGUACCACCAAGAAAGGAAUUGGACCAACCUAUUCGUCGAAAGCGACCAGAAAUGGGAUUCGGAUUGGUGAACUUUUGGGCGACUUUUCACAAUUUAGCAAAAAGUUCCAAGGAUUGGUUACUGUGUACCAAAGAAUGUUCCCAUCGUUGACGGUAGAUGUCGAAAGCGAGUUGGCAAGGUAUAAGGUUUAUGCCGAGAGAGUGAGACCUUUGGUUUAUGAAACUGUUUCGUAUCUUGAUAAGGCGAUAAAAUCUGGGAAGAAGGUUCUAGUUGAAGGUGCUAAUGCUGCAAUGCUUGAUAUUGAUUUUGGUACUUACCCUUAUGUUACUUCUUCCAAUUGUAGCGUGGGUGGGGUGUGUACAGGCUUAGGUUUAUCACCUAAUAGAAUCGGAGAGGUUAUUGGAGUCGUCAAGGCCUAUACGACCCGUGUUGGGGAUGGCCCCUUCCCCACCGAAUUACGUGAUAAAAUCGGUAAUUGUUUGCAAGAAAGAGGAGCCGAAGUCGGUGUUACAACAAAGCGAAAACGGCGUUGUGGUUGGUUGGAUGUCUUUCUCCUCCAAUACACUAACAUUGUUAAUGGCUAUACUGCUCUGUGCCUAACAAAACUUGACAUCUUAGACACUUUGCCUGAAAUUAAGUUAGGAGUUGGUUAUAAGCUAAAGGGAAAAAAGAUCGAUUAUUUUCCGUCCAGUGCGGCCGAGCUUGCCGAAGUUGAGGUUGAGUAUAUGACACUUCCGGGUUGGAAAACCUCCACUGAAAAUGUGCGUAAAUUCAACGACUUGCCGGAAAAUGCGAAAAAGUACGUCAACAAGGUUGAACAAUUGGUUAAUGUGCCAGUGAAAUGGAUUGGUGUUGGGAAAGGCCGUGAGUCGAUAAUAACAAUAGAGGAGUGAUUCAAGUUUUACAUAGUCAUAAAUGCACAUUUAAUACUUAAAUUUCAAAGAUAACAUUCAUUUAUCAACAUUUCGUUAUAGUAAAACAUGCAAUAGUAUUAGAUAUACAAGUACAAAUCUAGUAUUUUAAACUUGAGUAUUUGUCAGUUUUAAUUGAUUUUUUUGUUUGCACAUGAACGUCGCAAGAAGACGCAACUCGGUUAAAUAAUGGCUUCCAAACACAGAAAUUGUGCAAUUGACUGAUUCAAUAACUAAAGCAUUGGUGUUUAGGGAAUUUUGUAAAUACUUGUUUUUAAAAUUUGAUCUAAAUACGUUUUGGCUCUUUUCAGUUUUCUUUGGCGAAAUUUAAUUAUAAAUUGCGUGUGGUUACUGUACUUUGGAUUAAAGAGACAAUGGAAAAUGCAACAAGUACAAAAUGUACCUAUUUACGUCAAGUAUGUAUUUCUUUUUUUUUUUUUUUGUUCUUUAUUAAUGUGUAAACAGUUUUAUAUCAAUGUCUGUUUUUAAAUUGUAUUUGUUUUUAAUUAUAAAGUUCUUAAAUUUUGCACUUGAUGCUUUACCAUUAAUCUCGUUUUUUGGCUGUUGUACAAAUAAAACAGAAACAAAUGUAA